AUGGAGCGAGAAGCGAAGAAAUCCGACGCACAUAUAUCAAACCCGGCCAAGGAACAAGAAAUUGCCGGUAUAUCUCUAUCGUUGAGAAUAUCACCGUUUUGGAGAGAUAAACCCAGACUUUGGUUCGUCAGUUUUGAAGCCGCGACGAAUGAUUUAAAGAAGAGUCAAGCGCAACUAGCACAGAUGGUGAUCGCCCAACUUGAGAAACAAGACAUCGAACAAAUUUCGGACCUGUUGUACAACCCACCGGCAAGCGACCAGUAUAAUUCGCUGAAGGAUCGUCUGAUCUUUGCAUAUGAAGAAUCCAACAGUCGUCAGCUACAGAAACUUCUAUCAGAAAUAGAACUUGGAGACCAGAAACCCACACAACUCCUACGAAGAAUGCGUACUUUGGCGCGAGAUAAAGUCCCAGAUUCGAAGCUACGUCUAAUGUGGGCAAGAAAAUGCACAACACCGUGUACAUUCAAAAAUGAAAAUAUGAAAUCGGAAAACUAA